AUGGACCAAGCAGUGCUCUGCAGUACCGACUAUCUCAGCAAAAUUGGAUCUAUCCAGAACACCUUAAAUGAUCGGGAGAAGAGGAGACAUGAGCUGGAGGCAGAAUUGUUUGCCAGUUCCAGGUCAGAGGAGAGACUUGCUAAACUGAAGUGGGUCAAAAUGCAUGUCUAUCACAAGCAGCUCUGUGAGAGAGAGAAGCAGGCGAAGGCCAGGAACCUGGAACUGCUAAGAGAUGUCGAGUGUUUGGCGUCACACGUGAGAGAGCUCUGCUUUGACUACAGCACACUGCAUCAGAUGAAGCUGGAGUACAAGAAUCAUAUCAUCAAACAGAUGGGAAUGAAGAAGAAGAGGGAGAGAGAGGGAGAACUUGAGGCAGGCAAGUUAAAAACAUCAGUUGGGACGCCCUGGCACUCUCUUUCCAAGCACCCCAGAGAAGUCUCGCAGCCUGCUGUCCUCUUCAUGGGCCGCCAGACCCUCCCAGACUCCACGGGUGAAGACGGCGCAGUGAUGAACACUCCCUCUCUCCAUCUGUCAGAGCCGCUCCCUGAUCACCCUUCAUGUACCUCACAGAUGAGUGGCCUUUUGAAGCACACCCACCUUUCUAAAGCCUACGGCAGUGCUGCGUUAUCUGAUGACAUUCAGAACUCUAAAGAUGUCUCUGACGUCAGACUGUUGAGUGACUUGCGUGAAAAGCCAGUGACAGAUUCUGAUUGUGAUUUUACACAGCGUGGGGUUCAAGAUCUGGCCUCACCUCGUGCGACCUUGUCUGGAAAGGGUGCAUUCUCUCCUCCUCGUGAGGUUAGUGGGUCAUUACAGAGCAGACCAGGCCCGAAUCCUGCCUCACAUGCUAUGGACUCCAUCGAUUACAAACACACUGGAGACAAGGGUGAAGAUGCUGCCCAUGAAAACUCAGCAAAUGCUGAACAGCGUCCUUCAGAUGAUGAUAAGAGUCCUUGCAUUCCCAGUUCCAGUGUUCAGGUCUCCUCUAAUCUCUCAGUGAACACUGGCAGUGGCCUAACUGUUUCCCUAAGCACCAGUCACCACGAUGACCCCGCCCCCACCUAUGGGAGGAGUGGAACACAGGUGCUCAAUACCACAUGUGAUGGAGAGAGACAGGACUCAGUGAGGAACAGUCUUUCAGAGGAAUCACCAGACAGGCUCUCACUGGAGGAAUUGUCUCAUUUGAUGGACUACAUUGAAGGACGACUCAAUGACAAAGACACAGGGCUGUAUUUUACAUCUACAGUCAGUGAGCUGAAAGUCAGAGAUAUUAUCAGUGUGUGUCGGCGUUUUGCAGAGCUAAGUGGAGCUGACUUAAGUGUUUGUGGAGUUGUGGUCCUGCAGCAGUUACAGAGUCUGUCCUGGAGUGUGUCAGAGGGAUGCUUGUUAACCCAGCCACUGGUCAACAAAUAUACUGCCACUGCAGUCCAGCUGGACCAAAUUAGGUCCAGUCUGCCUGCUGACGCUGUUCAUCUGUGGGACCGGUGGCUCACCCAUGUCCUGAAACUGAAACGCUGUAGUCUUCUCACCAUUGACCAGAUCAUUCAGCUCUUCAUGCCUGUCCUAGUGGAGAGAGAUGCCACGUACACUGACAAGGCAAAAGGGCUGUUGAGGAGUCUUUUAAGCCGGUUGUCAGAGGAGAGUGUCUCAUUGGCAACUGAUGAGUCUUCAUCAUGUGGAUUGCCAUCUCUGCUGGAUGACAGUGUAGAUAUGAAAUCAGCCAAACCCCUCCCUGUCCUCCACAGUAACUCUGCCAAACCAGGAUUACAAAGUGCUGAAGAGGACAGCGAAGACCAAAGCACAGUGGAAAGUAUUCCUAUUAGAGAAACAGAAGCGUAUCAGCUGCUGAAACGGUCUGUUGCUCAGGAGAAAGGCUGGGACACUGUGGAACAGCAGGAGGAGGGCUCAGACUUGGAGCUCUCAGAUUUACAGGAGGGUAAAACUUUUGAACCAACUGGUCCUUCUGGUCUUCAUCAUCCAAGUUCUGAAGCCCGGAUGAAGGCCAAAACCAGCCAUACUGCUCAAUGUAAAGGUUUUUGGGGUGAAUCAGAUGACACCAACUCAGAAAUUGAAAUGGUCUUGCGUCCUCAGUCACAUAACAGCAAUAAUGAUGACUUUGAUGAUUUUUAUGAUUAAUUCUU